UGAGUGCCACGCCUCCUCGCCCAACCCGGACUGGGGGGUCACCAUGGGCAGCAAGAUGGCGGCCGCCAGUCGGGUCGUCCAGGCAGUAAAGCCACAUACACCUUUGAUUAAGUUUCCAGAUAGAACAACUGUUCCCAAACCUAAAAGUCAUUCAGUGCAGGAAUCUCUGGAGUCAAGGGUUCCGCCACUCCACCCUUCAACCUCACAACAGUUUGCCAGAGGUGGGCUGCCGACCUAUCAAAAUAUUGCAUCCAUUAGUAGAGCGCAAGGCACGCCAGACACUGCAGAACUAUUACGAACAUUACCUACAAAAUACCGGCGGAAACCAAUGUCAGUUGAAGAGAUGGAUUACAUUCAACGUGGAGGUCCGGAAUAACACAGACGACCACACUGUUAUAGCUACUGCUGAGCAACCAGUUAUUGUAUUCACAAUAAAGGCCUUCAUAAGUCUUUGAAUGUUACGUCUGUAGGCAAACAGCUUUGUUAAAAGCCUGUUAUGAGGGAUGAAAAGGUAAAUGCAUCCCAAAUAUGGCCCAAAUAAGAAGACAGAUCUGGUUGAAUAUAAUGCCACUUUAUAAUACCAUACUAUUAAAGUUUACUAUAUAUUAACAGUAUAAUGGUUAAUAUCUCUUUGCUGACACUGAUGCAGUAAGCAAGAAUCCAGGGUCUCUGAUAGCAAAAUUUCUUCUGCAUCUCAGCACAUUGCCAGUUUUGAUGUUACCUCUUUUUGUGUAAUGCCUGGCUAUAGAAAGUGAGGCUUUACCUCUGUUCUUCAUAAGAGCUUUUUAAAAAAAGUCUUGAGAUUGGGGAUGACAUUAAGGCCUUGUCAAUGUUAGUGGCUUUAUUGGAUUUAUUAAAUUUUGUUACAAGUACA